UUGUAAAAGGGCGCCACGUACAAGGUGAUAAAUGUUAUUAUUUUAAGAUAACAAAGAAUACCAAUUUUGAAAAAUGUGCGGUUCCGAUAAAAAAUUAGGAGAAAUUCGGGCACUAAUACUGGUUGGUGGUUAUGGGACUCGUUUGAGACCAUUGACAUUGAGUAGACCAAAGCCACUUGUGGAGUUUGCAAACAAACCAAUUUUGAUGCAUCAAAUAGAAGCUCUCGUUGAAGCCGGUGUCACACAAGUGAUUCUAGCAGUAUCAUACCGAGCGGAUGAUAUGGAGAAAGAAUUGACUGAGCAAGUGUCCAAACUUGGUGUAUCUUUGACAUUUUCUCAUGAAACGGAACCAUUGGGAACUGCUGGGCCUCUUGCUCUGGCUAGAGAUUUGCUUGCUACAAGUCCAGAGCCGUUUUUUGUAUUAAAUUCUGAUGUCAUAUGUGAUUUCCCCUUCAAAGAACUAGCUAAAUAUCACAAGAGUCACGGAAAGGAAGGCACAAUUGUUGUGACCAAAGUAGAGGAGCCAAGUAAAUAUGGAGUUGUUGUUUACAAAGAAGAUGGUCAAAUUGAAAGAUUUAUUGAAAAACCACAGGAAUUUAUAUCAAAUAAAAUUAAUGCUGGUAUGUACAUAUUAAAUCCAUCUGUAUUGAGUCGGAUUGAAUUGAGACCAAUGUCAAUAGAAAAGGAAGUGUUUCCGUUCAUGGCACGAGAUGGUCAGUUGUAUGCAAUGGAGUUACAAGGUUUCUGGAUGGAUGUCGGACAACCUAAAGACUUUUUAACAGGCAUGUGUUUAUACUUGAACAGUUUACGACAGAAGAACUCUGAUAAGUUACAUGAUGGAGCCGGUGUGGUUGGCAAUGUACUAAUCGAUCCAACAGCAACCAUCGGCAAAGGAUGUAGGAUCGGACCAAAUGUUACCAUUGGACCAAAUGUAGUUAUUGAAGAUGGUGCAUGUAUAAAACGUAGCACGAUACUCCGUGGUGCAUGUGUACGUCAACAUGCGUGGCUUGAUGGUUGUAUUGUUGGCUGGAGGUCCGUAGUGGGCAGGUGGGUACGUAUGGAGAACUGUACAGUGCUCGGUGAAGAUGUUAUAGUCAAAGACGAGUUGUAUAUCAACGGAGGACAAGUGUUACCACAUAAGUCUAUAGCACUCUCCGUACCGGAACCACAGAUUAUAAUGUAAGACACACCGUUGGAAUAUAUAUAUGAAAACUUUUUAAUUAAAUUAUUUAAACUUUCGUGAGACAUUAUAAUAAACU